GCAAAUACUAUCUCAGAUUUUGAGUUGAGUUUGAGGAAUCAAAUUCGAUCGAUCAAAUGGCUGCAAUGGCUCGGUAUCGCUUCUCGGAGUUGACGAGACAAUUGCCCAACACGAGUGAUACUCGCUGCCUCCGAUCUCAACCACCACGUGUAGUUUCGUUCCCUCAAAACCGCUUUCAGCCCUCUAAGAUUUGCGUUCCCAAACUUGACUCCCUAUGCGCUGGAGGAGGCGAUGGAAACCACGGGGUUGGUGAUAGCGGAGGUGGUGGUAGAGGAGAUGGCGAUUCCCACGAUGAUUCAUGGAAGGGCUUUGGCGUUCUGGGCCUUCUCCUAAGCGGAUGGAGAGACAGAGUUACAGCGGAUCCCCAGUUCCCUUUCAAGGUUUUAAUGGAAGAGUUGGUUGGGGUGAGUGCUUGUGUUGUUGGAGACAUGUCUACACGUCCUAAUUUUGGUCUUAAUGAGCUUGACUUCGUUUUCUCAACUCUUGUCGUCGGUUCCAUUUUGAACUUCACCCUCAUGUAUCUUUUGGCUCCAACAGCAUCAGCAUCUUCUUCUUCUUCAAAUCUCCCUGCUCUCUUUGCAAAUUGUCCACCGGGUCAUAUGUUUGAACCAGGUGCUUAUGCCCUGACGAACCGUCUCGGAACUUUUGUCUACAAAGGAGCUCUAUUUGCUGCUGUUGGAUUUGCUGCCGGCCUUGUGGGAACUGCAAUCACAAAUGGGUUGAUCAAGCUGAGGAAGAAGAUGGAUCCCAAUUUCGAAACACCCAACAAACCUCCUCCUACCUUGUUGAAUGCCCUUACCUGGGCUGCACACAUGGGUGUUAGCAGCAAUUUGAGGUAUCAAACCUUGAAUGGGGUCGAGUUUCUACUGGCCAAAGGAAUGCCCCCCUUGGUGUUUAAGUCGUCAGUCUUGGUUCUGAGAUGCUUAAAUAAUGUAGUCGGAGGAAUGUCAUUUGUGAUACUCGCAAGGAUGACUGGGUCUCAGAGUGUUAAAGAGAAGCCACCAAACAUGAAGAUGAACAAGUUGAUGGAUGGUGGUGACAAUUUGGAGCCCAAUCGGUCGACUGUUAGGUGAUUUUUACCCCGUUUUCCCCCAUCAUCCUUGGCUGUUUAGCCAAUAUUUUCUCUGACUUUCUUGUAACUUGGAUGUAGUAUGUGUUUGUAAUAAGAUCCAAGAUAUCUCCGGA